CCUGUCUCGUCUUGCUCAGCCUCUAGACUCGCCGGCGCCGCGCUCUGCCUGCUUCGCUUCGCCUGCCGCUGCCACUCGCCACCGCUUUCGCGCGUUCGCCUCUGCCAGCCCUUGCCUCGCACGCGCGCGCGCGUGAGCCAGGUGCCGCUGCGGCUCUCGCCUCCGCCUCCGGAGGCAGCGCCGUCCGCAGCACCGCCCGAGACGCAGCCCUCUGCACCUUUGAGCCCCACGGGUUCAGAGCGUGCGAGGCUGCGCCGUCGGCUUCCUUAGUGCAUGGCGCCGACUUUGCUGGACUGCUGGGCGUGCCGGGACCUGCAGCGAUUCCGCGCAGUCCUCAAGGGCCACCAGCAGCAGGGGCCGGUCGGCCCCUCGCCGCGCUCGCCGCCGCACCGCUCCUUCUCUGCGGGCGGGCCGGCGCACGGCGGACCAUGCCCGCCGGCAGAGGUGAAUCGGCGCGACCAUCUGGGCCGCACCGUGCUGCACCUCAUUGCGUCGAGCACGGAGGGUGCUAGCGUGGACUGGCUCACUGCGAUCCUCGCGCACCCGAGUACGAACGUAAACCUGGGCGACGGCGAGAAUGGCUGGACGCCGCUCCAUCGUGCGCUCUACCAUGGCAACUUGCUCACAGCGCAGCUGCUGCUGCGGCGUGCCACGGGCUCGGGCCCGGCAGACUACCGCCUGAAGGAUCUCGAGGGCCUCACGCCCUUCGAUCUCUACAAUGCGACGGUGGCUGGCUCUGCGCCCUCGCACCCAGACACGCUGCUGCCGAGCGCACUACAGGUGCCUGCCCUCGCUGCCGGCGAGCUCUACGCCUGGGGCGCGAACCGCAACUACAGUCUGGGCUUCGGCGAUGGCGCAGACCGCGUCCUGCCGGACCGCUCGCGCAUCGAGGCGGUCGAGGUCGAGGGCGUGCUCAGGCCCGCGGGCCAGCGCUAUGACCGCGUGGGCGUGCGGGACGUGGCCAUGUCGAAGUUUGCGACGUUCGUCCUGACCGACGAGAGCAGCGCCAACGUGCGGUGUGCGGGCAUCAGCGGGCAUGGCCGGAUCGGGCGCGCACCGCAGACGCAGACCAAGCUGGAGCCGCUGCGCGACUUCCACGAGACGGCCUGCGCCAUUGCCGUCGGGCUGGACCACACGUGCAUCGUCACGACGACCGGCGCGCUGCUGACGUUUGGGCACAACAAGUUCCAGCAGCUCGGAUACGUGCUUGAGCAUGGGCAAGGCAUCGUCGCCUCGAGCUCCGCGGCAAAGGGCACCGGAGGCGCCGCAUCUGCCACCUUUGGCGCGCCGGCGUCGCAAGGGCCUUCGAGCGCCGAUCUGGAUGUCCAGAUCAGCCCUCGGCGUGUCGCCGGUGUGCUCAAGCGAGAGCACGUCCUUGGCGCCGCUGCCGGCAAGCUGCACUCUGCUGCGUUCACCAGUGAGGCGCUCUUCACGUGGGGCACGAACGCUGGGCAGCUCGGUUACGAUCGCGCCGCCUCGCCGGUGCAGAUCACUCCGCGCAAAGUGUCCGCAGUGACGGCAGCGCAGGCGAUCCGGCAGGUAGCAGUGACAGACUUUGCCACUGCCUGCCUGCUGGCAUCUGGCGACGUGCUUGUGCUGCACAACGACACGCACUUCAUCAUCCGCUUCCCGCAGCCCGGCUUCUCGAGCGACAUGUCCGUCUUCCGGCCACGCCAGGCGCGACCCAAGCCGCUCAUCAAGAAGCUCGUCUCGGGCUCGUCAAACGUCAUGGCAGCGGUCAGCGACAUGGGCGACGUCUUCACGUUCAGCCUCGGCCAUCCCUCCGAGUACGCUUCGUCGGCGGCUGGUGGCAGCGGCGGAGCCACCAGUGCAGCCUCGGCCUCGCGCCAGACCGGCGUCAAGCCGCAGCUCAUCUGGUCGGUGCGCAAGAAUAAGAAGGUCGGCGCGGCCGAGGACGUAGCGCUGGGCGCGGGCUCCGACAUCAUCCUCACGACCGAGUCAGGCCACGUCUUUGUGCGCUCCCGGCCAGCGGAGAACAGCAAUGCGUCUGGCGGGCAGGGCGCCGGCAAGGGCAAGGCCGGCUGGAAGGCUGUGCCGCUGCUGCAGCGCGUUGUCAAGGUCGCUGCCAACGAGAGCGGUGGCUUUGCCGCCAUCAAGACUGACGCAGAGCUGCACGACAUCAAGGCGCGCGGCAGAUCGCUCGAGGAUGACCUGCAGGAUCUGCUGCAGCACCUCAAGGCCGCCUCGCACGCGGGUGCCACGUCGGCCGAGGAGCAGCGCAGUAUCACGGCCGAGGUUGCUCAGCUCCGCGCCGAGCCUGACGCCGAUUCGGACUCUGACUCGGAGAGCGAGGCCGGCGAGUCGUCGGCGGAGCGCUACGUUCGCAUGGCGCAGCUCAUCGGAGAGGCGGUGCGCCGCUUCCAGCCCGAUGGCGGAGCGCCGCGCUUCAGCAAGGAGAGCGUCCUCUCGCCUCCGUUUGGCGUUGACCUCUUCAUCGUGGCUGGCGGGCGCUACCUGCCCGCACACCGCGUCAUCGUUGCUGCUCGCGUGCCCGCGCUCGCCAAGGUCCUGCAGCAGACUGGCAAGACGGCCGCGCCCCCUGGCGUCGCUGUGAGGCACGGAGGUGGUGCGACGACGCUCGAGCUGCCGCGCUGCUCCUUCCCGACUGCCUGCUUUCUCCUGCACUACCUGUACACGGACGAUCUGCCUGCCGUCUGGCUCAGCAUCGGCUACCGGGUUGAGGCCCAGUACAAGGCGAGCAAGAUCGACCGCACGCAGGUGCGCAGCCAGCUGCAAGCGCUGGCCGAGCUGCUCGACCUCUCCGCCCUCUCUUCGAGCUUGGUCUCGCCCGUGCCGCGGCCGCCCGACCAGACGCUGCGCCCGAACAUGCGGACGCUGUUUGCCUCUGCGGUGGACGUUGACGCCUCGCUCUCGCCGCUGCACGACGUCAAGCUUCGCUUCGCAGAUCGUACGGUCCCGGCCCACGCUGCUAUUCUGCGGCGAUCGCCAUUCUUCGCGGCGCUCUUGCAGCCGGACUGGACCUUUGCGCGCUGGGAGCAGGGCAUCAUCACCGUCGACAUGUCGCACAUGGAGUGGCGCGUCGCACGCAUCGUGCUCGAGCAUCUCUACACCGACGCCGGCGCAGAGCUCUUUGUGGGCACAGAUGCCGGCUGCAAGCUGGACGCCUGGCUCGACUUUGUCACCGAGGUCCUGGCAGCAGCCAACGAGUUGCUGCUGGACAAGCUCAAGCUCGUGUGCAGCUCGCUACUGCGCCGACGCGUGCUGCCGACGAACGUGGCCUCGCUGCUGAGCAACGCCGAGUUCUUCCACGCGCUGCCGCUCAAGGAGGCGACGAUGGACUAUAUCUCGCGCACGAUGGAGACGCUCCUCGAGGGCGGGAUGCUCGACGAGCUCGAGCUGAAGCUCGUGCGCGACCUCACGCGCCUCGUGCGCCGCAAGCAGGACGAGCGCAUGCACCGCACGCCGAACGCAGACUACCUGGCCGCUCUCGUGCUCAAGCAUCAGGAGUACUUCGAGUCGCUCGACAUUCCGCCGCCGUCGCUCAACCUCGUCAGUCAGAGGUUCGGUCGCAGGCCACCGCGCUCGCCGUCGUGGCGUCCGCAAGACGCAAGCACCCCUGCGCGGCGCGUGCGCUCGUCGAUGUCACCGGGAACUAGCCCCGAGGUGCGGGCAACAGGCCUGCCAGCGGCAGCGCAGAACGACGCCGGGCUCUUCUCGAUGGACGAAGAUGAGGCUGCCAGCCCGGGUCUGGCUGCAGCGCUGGCCGUAUCUCGCGCCAUGAUGCAGCCGUCUAACCUCAGCCUCGGUCCGUCUCGCGCGAGCACGCCCGGCUCGACGCCGUGGCGCUCGCGCACCGUCGAGGCAGAUAAGAGCGUACUCAGCGUCUCGCCGAAGGCUGCGCCGGCCGCGCGUCCGCCCGGCGUCGACCUGCGCAGCAUCAUGGCGUCGGAGCAGGCGCGACGGCCGUCAAGCGGUCUUGUGCCCUCGGUCGCAGGCAACGGCAGCUUGCCGGCAUCAGCUGCACCCUCUGGGACGGCCACGCCUGUCAAGCAGCCGCCUGGCAGCGACGCGGUGCCACUCAGCUUGACUGCCAAGCUGUCGCAGCGCGACCGCAAGAAGCAGCAGCAGCAGCUGGCGCUACAGCAGCAGCCACAGUCUGGUGCCUCUGGCGCGUCUCCGCAGGCAGGCACGCCCAAGACGUGGUCGCCGACGCUGUCUCCCUUCAACGACCGCAAGCCGAGCGUCUCUGGCGCAUCUCCCUGGGCGGCGAUCAGCAAGGCUCAGACGCCCGGCAGCCAGCCUGUGCCAGCCAUGGACCUCGACUCGUCCUCGCCUCUGCCUGGCGCUGCGUCGUCCUCGCGAGGACGCGCACCGUCAGUGGCGCGCACCGUCUCUGACACGGCGCCUGCGGCUGGCCUGCCUGCUCUUGGGCCGACCAUCACGCCGCAGCGAGGCGUGCGACCACCUUCCCGUCGCAACGGCAGCGAGGUGGCCUGGGCAACCUCCACGCCGUCCUUUACGCCGCCGGCUGUUGCGCCGCCUGCCGGGCCGGCCUUCUUCUCCUCGUCGCCCUCUCCUUCGCCUGCUGCGCGCGCACAACGCAGCGCUUCGUCUCAGAUGCCAGCAACGAGUCCGCCGGUCAGCACGCCCGGCCCUGCGCCACGCUCCUUCGCCGCCAUCCAGGCCGAGGAGCAACAGCGGCUCGAGAAUGCAGCUGCGGCACAGGCGAAUGCCAAGAAGAAGAGCUUCGCGCAGCUCAUCGAGGAGGACCGUCUCGAGGCGGAGCGGCGCGAGCAGGCGGAGCGCGAGAAGGAGGCGUUCGAGGCGUGGUUCGAGGAAGAAGCACGCCGUCUGAGGAUAGAGGAAGGUGGCAGCCCGGCUCCUGCAUCUGGCAACGCACCGAAACGAGGCGGCGCAAAGGGCGGCAAGGCCAAGGCCAACAAGGAGCAGCCUCCUCGCGGCCCGAAGCAACGCGGCGGCAAGACGAAUGACGCCGAGGCUACUGGUGCAGCAAGUGCUGCCGGCACACCAGACGGGCCCUCUGAUGCGCCUCCUCGAGAGGGCGCUGGACGAGGUAAGGGUCGCGGUCGCGGCGGCAAGGCACGCGGAGGAACACCCAACGAGGCUGGCGCGAAGGCAGCGCCGGCACCUCCGCCCAGCCGCGCACACCUGGACCCCUCUGCGCCGGCCUUUGCGCCACCACCUGCCUCUCCCGCCCCGCCUACACGAUCAUGAUGUGGUUUAGCAGUGGACUUGCUCGGUGUGCGUCGCAGUGGGACUCUAGAAAAUGUCACGAGUGUAUCGC